AUGUGGCGAGACCGCACGAACCUAUACAUCUCCUACCGGCAGUCUUACGCGCACCAUCCUACUCAGCGGAGAUCGUAUGGACCUGGCGCCUCUGCUUCUGGUGCCCUUGCCGACACCUAUACCAGUAGCUAUGCGAACGACGACCGUCGCGGCCUCCUAUCGGCCGGCGCAUUCGAGGACGAUGGCGAUGCCGUAAUUGAGAUGGAUCUGCUGCCACCCAGCUGGGCUGAUGUUUCGGAUGAGAUUACAGACUUGCUUGCCAACAUCGCGACUAAGAGCCAAAGCUUGGAGAAGCUGCACCAGAAGCAUGUGCUACCCGGUUUCAACGACGAGGAUGCCAAAAGAGCCGAGGAAGCGCAAAUAGAGAAGCUUACCCAGGAGAUCACAAAGGGCUUUCACGAUUGCCAUCGCUGCAUUAAAAGGGUCGAACAAAUGGUGCGCGACUCUCAACAUGCGGGCACAAUCACGAGAGCAGAGGAGACUAUGGCCAAGAACAUCCAGAUUUCGCAAGCUGCACGAGUCCAAGAUGCAAGCGCCAGCUUCAGAAAGAAGCAGAGUGCAUAUCUAAAAAAGCUUCGUGGCAUGGGUGGCUUUGGCGCGUUGAGUCCGGGUGAGAGAUCCAGUACACCCCAACCAGGCUCAUAUCUCGAUCCCUCUCUUCAAGAAUCUGAUGCGGACCGAUCAUUCUCACAAUCGACACUUCAGGCAACUCAACAACAAAGGGUACUUCAUUCUAACGACAAUGCCAUCGCUCAGCGCGAACGAGAGAUCGAGGAUAUCGCACAAGGCAUCAUCGAGCUCUCCGACCUUUUCCGAGACCUACAAAAUAUGGUUAUCGAUCAAGGCACUAUGCUGGACCGCAUUGACUAUAAUGUUGAGCGCAUGAACACUGACGUCAAAGCCGCAGACAAGGAGUUAGUAGUCGCUUCUGGUUACCAGCGAAAGACAACCAAGCGCAAGAUCAUCCUUCUUCUAAUCCUUAUUAUCUUUGGUAUGAUCAUUCUACUAGUCAUCAAGCCUAAAAAACACGAGUAG